AUGAAGCUCUACCUCCCGCUAGCCGUCGUCGCGGCGGUCGCGGUCGCCCAAGACUUCGACGCGCAGGCCGAGGCCAUCGUCGCCAAGAUGACGCCAUCGCAGUGGAUCGGCCAAAUGGCCCAAGCCAACAUCGGCGUCAUUCUCGGCUCGGACGGCCAGCUCAGCGUGAGCGCCGUCACGCAGUGCGCCAAGGCCGGCGUCGGCUCGUUCCUCAACGGUGCCAUGCCGGCGGCCAAGUGGCGUGCCAUGAUCACGCAGAUCCAGUCCAUUUACAAGGCCAACAACGCGCCGCCCGCGCUCUACGGCCUCGACAGCGUCCACGGCGCCAACUACGUGAACGACGCGAUUCUGUCGCCGCAGCAGAUCAACAAGGGCGCAACGUUCAACGCCAAGAUCGUUCACGACUCUGCGUUCGUCACGGCGCGCGAUACGUCGGCGGGCGGCGUCAACUGGGUCUUCGCUCCGGGUCUCGACGUCACCAACCACAAGCGCUGGUCGCGCGUCUACGAAACGUUUGGCGAGGACCCGUACUUGGCGUCCGAGCUCGGGGUCGCGGCCGUCAACGGCAUCCAGUCCGUGCCGGGCGUCGCGGCCGCCGUCAAGCACUUUAUCGGGUACGGCGCCACGUCGACGGGCGACGACCGCGCGCCGGCCUACUUGGACGACUACCAAGUGCUCAACUACCACGCGCCGCCCUUCAUUGCCGCGAUCCAGAACGCCAACGCGCUCUCGGUCAUGGCGAGCUACGUCUCGGUCAAUGGCGUGCCGAUG